AUGGCGUCCUACUUCAUGGAGAAAGUGGAGCAUGAUUCAUACAACUCCGAUUGGAGCCAAGAAGAGGAGUCCGAACAAGAGUUGUGUACCAACGGACCAACAUGUGGUGAACAAACGUGGUACGAUGAUAGCUCAAGUUCUGAUUUUGGAGAAGAACUAGAUGAUGAAGAACUAGAACCGGAGCCACCAGAUUGUUAUUGCUCAUGUCAGCAACAUGUCGAGCCAUGCACCUACACGCGUCAAGCCAAUUGGGUUCAAACGAAUUCCUAUUUUUGUGAAGAGAAUGAAAAUGCAAAUUAUCAGAAUCAUCCUCCCAAGCGUGAACAGAAGUCCCACAACUAUGGAGUUGCCUCAUACCGAAAUCAAGUUCAACCGACACGAACCAUCCCAAAGAAGCAACCUAACAAGAGAUAUGAUUACACAUCUAAUCCCUUAAUAUUUACAGCGCUCUCAAAUCCAGAAUGUAGAGAGAGUUUACAAAGAAGUACUAAGCCCCGUAUUCGCACCACGAAGCCCUUGUACCAAGCAACACCGAAUAAAGUGGUGGCGACACCAAAACCGCAGCCUAUCUUUGAGCCAAAGAAUGCCUACAGCCCUGAGCUAAGGAGAGUGUCAUCAAGCACCCUAGAGACUCCAAUGAAGGUUGAGCAGUCCGUUCAAGGAAAAGAGGUUCAAACAGAUUCAACGACAACAUUCCUACAUGAGCCAUAA